GGCUACUAUGUACAAAAGGUAGAGAAUGUCCCAACCUAAUAUCCAGCGGUUACCUCCCUGAAAGGGUCCUGCCUUUUCUAAAACUCAAGCUUUUUUAUGCUACCUUCCAGAAGGACAUAUCUCCAUUCUCCAUUCAAAAGAUGCCCUCACUCCGGUAAGGAACUUGUUCUUCUUGAAAUAGAGAGCGACGUCUUCCUAAUAACCUCAGUAUAGUUCCUAGCUCUUGACAGCAUGGAAAGAUAUAAAAGGCCUCAUCAUCCUGCACAGUUCUCUUCUUCUUCUUCUUCUUCUUCUUCUUCUCCCAUCACCCAAAUAUCCACUCUACUCAUCUGAUCUCUCUCUCAAACCAAACCAAAUAAACCUCUCUACUCAACAUGACCACCACAAACAAACCCGAAAUCCCAGUCCCGCACAUCGACUCCGCCUUAGACUGGAUCUACCCCUUCUUCGAAGGUCCCACCUUCCAAGCCCAGCGUGCCAACACCCACAUCAAAGUCCGGGAUAGGUUCAAAGCCGAGGGCCCUCCCGAGGUGAUUGAGAAAAUCGGCGGAGGCCCCAAAGUGACAUAUUACCCGAGAGUGGAAGUCAUUGGCCUUGCUGAAUAUGACCCCUUACUCCCCAGGUUUGUUAUACUCACGCUGCUUUUGGGCCCGUUCGAGGACAGAGAAAUGUUCGAAAGGAUCUUCAAUGCAGAAGUCGAGUUUCUCAAGAAAGAUAAAAACCGACCUGGGACGUUGGAGUUUGUUGUUGGGGCGUGGUAUGAGAAUAAGUUGACUUUGUUCAAGUUGCAGGAUGGUAAGAUGAUUGGUUUGGGAGGGGAGGGGGGCAGACUUAUGAGAUUUCUGUUGGGAAGUAUUUGGAUAAUGAGUACAAGAAAUUGUUGGAGGGGAACUUUGAGCUUAUUAAGAGGAAUUUCAUUGAUGCGACCUCAAUGAAACUGGGGGGAAUGAAGGGGUCCUUGGGGGAGGAGUCCCAGGAGGAGAGUGCUAAGAAACAUGAUAGUGGUUCUCUCAAGGAUGCGCCCAAGGGGGAAGGUUUGGAAUAGUUCUGUGAUGGUUCUUUGACUUGCUUCUCAGUU